UGUCUCCUGCUUGUAAUGAGAUGCGCUUGAGAGAAAAUAAUUUGACCCAGGUCUGAAGCCUCCAAGCCACCAAGACCCCAGAUGGCCUCCCAAGAAGUUGAUCGGACAGAGCCGGGGGCAGCCUGCGCUGGCGAUGCCCCAGGAAGCCAGUGGGGCGCCGCGGGGAAGGACAGCUCUGCCUACCGGCCCCUCGGCAGGUCACAGAACCACCCAGAGGUGCUGCAGGUUCUCGGGGCUGUCCAGAUCCUGAAUGCAGCAGUAAUUCUGGCUCUGGGUGGCUUCAUUCAUUCCUUAACAAACUUUCCCCAACCCUCCGGUUUCUUCUUUUUCUCGAUUGUUUACACAGGUUAUUACAUAUGGGGGGCUAUAUUUUUUCUUGUUUCGGGAAUUUUAGCUGUCUUUGCUGGGAAAAAACCCACAAAAACACUGCUGGAGAGCAGCUUUGGGAUGCACAUUGCCAGCGCCACCGUUGCUGUAGUCGGGACUGUUUUUUUCUCCAUGAAUUUAUUUGCUAACAAGCCAUUACUCAACGGCUGUCAGUCUAACGAGCCACCUGACUUGUGCAUUUACAUGGAAGCCUCUUCAACCGGUCUCGUGUCACUGAUGCUGGUCCUGGCCUUGCUGGAACUGUGCAUAGCCUGCUCUGUUGCAGUCCUGUGGCUCAAAGCAAAUUGCUGUCAUUUAAGAAAGGCAAUUUCCUCCUUUCCCGAUCCUGAGGAAUCAAGAAUGCCUCCUAAUGAAAGCAAGGAAAUUCAGUCUUAAAUCUCCAGUGAGUCGUGCUCCAUCCAGGAACUCAAGAGAACACGAGCCUGUGAACCACGUCUCUGCUAUCGUGGUGCCCGUCGUGAGAAACUUGGACAUUCAACUCAGUCCUUUCUGUCCUGACAAUAAACUCCCUCAAAAGUCCUGGGAAUGGCAGGACAACUGUGCUUCUCUAGGCAUCCUUUCUUUUGUAACUGCUAUGAUGACCACGCUAAAAUUGUUCCCAGAAAUCAGUUCUCUUUCUUCUUCCUGCCCGCUUCAUUGUCUUCUAAGGUUUAAAAAAGGCACGGAGAAUACUUCCUAUUUCCUAUAUUUCCUAUAUUCUAUAUUCCUAUAUAGAACAUUUCCUAUAUUCUAUAGGAAUAGAAUUCUUCCUAUUCCUAUAUUUCCUAUUUCCUAAUUCUUUCUAAACUCCAACUUCCAACCACCCAGUGAGAAGGAAAAAUGAGUAAGAUGUUUUUCCAUUACAGAAAAAUGCUUCUUGACUUUAGUUGACACCAACAUUGCAAAAACUGUCCCCCAAAAUCACCAAAAUAACAUUAAGAUAAAUUUUUACUAUAUUUGAGGUAGAAGGGUCAAGUCUUGAAGUCCUUUUUUUUUUUUUCAA